AUGGCCUCCAACCGCACUCGUCGCAUCGCCAAGGAGAUCGCAGACAUCAAGUCGGACCACCACUCGGGCAUCCACGUUGAGACCCACCGCGAUGAUGACCUCACCCACCUGCGAGGCUUCUUCAAGGGUCCGCCCGACACGCCCUACGAGGGCGGCGAGUACUCGAUCGACAUCAAGAUCCCCACCGAUUAUCCCUUCAGGCCGCCCGUUAUGAAGUUUGAGACCAAAAUCUGGCACCCCAACGUUAGCUCGCAGACCGGCGCUAUCUGUCUUGACACUCUCUCGCAAGCGUGGUCGCCCGUCCUGACCAUCAAGUCGGCCCUUAUUUCCCUGCAAUCCCUCCUUAGCACACCCGAGCCGAAGGAUCCGCAAGACGCUGAGGUCGCCGGCAUGCUCCUCAAGCAGCCGGCCGAGUUCGAACACAAGGCACGCGACUGGGCCGUCAAGUUUGCGGGUGCACCGAAGAAGGAGAUUGCUGGUGGUAGCGGCGGGGCUACGCAAGAGACUCUGAAGAAACGUAGGGAGGAGCAGAAGGCGCAGGAGGAGAAGGCGAAGCUGGCUGCGUAUCACGGCUACAACAAGGACCUCAUCGACCGCUUCGUGGCCAUGGGCUUCGACGUUGACAGCGUCGUCUCGGCCUUCGAGUACGUGGGUAUCGACAAGAAUGAGGGCCAGGACUACGAGCUCGAGGAGGCCUACAUGGGCGACAUCACCGCCCGCUUGUUCGGCGAGGCGUGA